AUAACGGAGUGCCUAUUUAGCAUUUAAUGGCCGUUGACUCACCUCUGAGUUCAUUUACCUUUCUGGACAGGUUUCGAUAUUCAUCUUGUAAGAUAUUCGAAUUUUGGUAAGAUUUCCUGUUUCACUGUUGAUAACCUAACUAUGCACGGGUUGCAUACGAAUAUUAGUCGCCUAUCUGAACAAAUUCAUUUUCAGAAUAAGACAAAUGAAAGGUGUGACAACUAUAGAAAUUUCCAUUAGUGACGUAAAUAAAACAAAUGAUUAUAACCGGAUAUCAAAUGUGGUCUUGAAUGGAAAGCUAACUAUACUUUCAUAUUACACGCGGUAAUAGUUAAUGAAAGAGAUUAUUGUGGCGUCGGGAAAAAAGAAUCAGUAAAAUCUAUCAGCUGUCCGUUUAUUAAGUAUCCACGUCACUGACAACAAACAUACUUUGACCUUUUGUUACAUUAAUUCGUACUCACACUACAACUCACUUCUAUUACAAUUAACAAAAGGAGGAGAGAGCGUUUAAGUAGUUUUCAAAAAUUAUUUAUAAUUCUGAUUUUUUUUUCUAAUUAAUAGUCACAAAAAUAAUAAGGAACGUUUUUAAAAAAUUAUAUAAACAUUCAGAAAAGAAAUUAAAGAGAUAUAAUUGGUUUAGAUUAACGAUUAAUAUAGUUCCAAACUAACAUUUACUAGCUUUACAGUUUUCGUCGAGAUGUCGCGAUUUUCAUGAGUUGUAGUUAGCAUUGUUCCGAAUGAUAUUAAUCUUUCUUUGAAUUCUUAUCGAACAUAUUCACACUGAGACAUUAAAAUCGAAAUGGCACGACAUCGAAGUGUAAGGACGAUGAACUAUGAAGACGAGUUUUUUGAUGACGAUGAUGUUGAAGAUUGUUAUGGCCAGUCAUUUGAUGAUAAAUAUUGCAUCUCUCCUGGAACUGUGGCCCAGUUCACAUUUCCCAGGAAGUCCAAUCUUGACCUUGGUUCUUACAUUAGUAGUGAUUCUCCAUCAAAUGUGGAACCGCCAAUCAUUACCCCAGAUUCACCAAAAUGUUCUUCCAAGAAAGUGACAUACAAUAGUUUUGAUGAAGCUCGUUUAAACCACUGUUUGGAUAAGAUUCACGAGGUGCUUGGGGACAUUCAUCAAGAUGAUAUACUUGUGGAGUGCAUUAAAAGACAUAAAUAUGACACGGAAGCUGCUUUAAAUGAAUUACUUGCCACACCAGGUGCACCAAAACCACAGAGACAACCUAGAGAGGGACGUAAAUCACAAGACUUUCCUCUAUGUGAAUUAGAUGAUAGUUUUUGUAAUCAAAAUUACUGUACAAGUCCUACAGAUUGUAAUCAGUUUUCAGACAGGAAUUUGCAAGCAUUUGCAUGUCGAAGAAUGAAUAGUGUAGGAGAAGAGGAAUGCUCUUCGUAUGAAAGUGCAAUUUCAGACAACUUUGAAGUUGAGAUCUUCCAGCGAAAAACCUCUGAAAGUGAAGAUAGUCAGGAAGAUCAGCUAGUAUCAUUAGAUCAAAAAAUGAGCAAGAAUUCCAUUCAAGAAGAGAAUCAGGAAAUGGAAGGCGAUUUUGAGACACACACGGUAGGGAAUUCGUCACCCUCACUUUGUCAGAAGCUUUCAACUGAUAGCACCCCUGCUGCAGUAAGUAGUGUAACAAAGCCAAAAUUUAAAAAUGGAUCUAAUAAGCAGGAACUUAUGAAUUUGUUUGAAAAGGCAAAAAAGAAUAAAGAACAAAUGGAAAAAGAUGCCAAAUUUUCGUCAGUCAAUAAAUUUGGUCAUUCUUUGUCUGAUGGAAUUGAAAAAAAUACAUGGCUAGGAGAUAGUGAAGACAGUUUUGAUAUUGGAGAUAAACCAAUUAGCUUGUCUUCAUUGAUUGAACAGGAAAGUGGUUUUAAGUCUUCACUUGCUGAUCUUAAUAAUCAGAGACACCAGAAGACAAAUAAUGAUAAACAAUGUAUAAAAGAUCCACCUAAAGAUAAAGGUAGUUGUGCUGAAACCUGUCCACAAGAAACUUGUAAAAACUGUUCCAAAAAUAGAAAAUUUUCUCCCAAGAACACAGAUAAGACAAGUUUAGCCGACUUAACAAAAACCCGUUUUAAUCUCGAUUCAGAUGUUUCUCUGUUUGGUACUGAACUGGUGAAGAAAGACAUAAAGCUUAAAACUUCACAAAAACAAACUCAGAAACUUAUUCAGUCUUCUUCAGAUAUUUCAAAAAGUAGUUUUGCAAAAACGUUUGAUUUUUCAAGACCAUCUAAAAAUAAGAGUACCUCUAAGCAUCUUGAUUCGCUUAAGAAUACAUCUGAGAAGAAUCCCUUGCAAAAUCCAAAGGAGAUUUUCUCAAAUAUAAAUAGUUCACCUCCUCCUCAAACUGUUACGGGAUUUUCAUUGUGUGAUCUCACUAAUCAUAAAAUUUCUACUUUUCCUAAGAAAGAAAAUGGCACUACUUUCCCUUCUCACCUCAAUGACUCUAAAUACAAUCUAGAAGUUAACGAGGAAGAAGAACUCAAAGAAUCAUUAUUCAAAGAUGACGACUGUUUGGAUUCUGCAUUAUCUCUAGGAAGUUUGAUUAGUCAAGUAAACCUUGAACUUAGCCCCAAGUCUGAUUACAUUGCUGAAAAUAGGCUUGAAGAUUUAUGCAAGAGACCUAAGGAAACUAAGCCCAGUCCAGAAAGUACUCCAGUUCACAAAACUAAUAAUGAUAAUCUUAGUUGUUCCGAGAAAGAAAACAACAUAUAUUUAACUAAAGAAGAUCCUGAUAUGCAAAUCCAGAAAACUGCAUUCAAAGAGCCUGUUUCCUUAUUUGGAAAAGUAAUUUCCUACAGAGCACAGAAGUAUUCCAGCAAUUCUACUAAGAAGCUGAAAUAUCCAAAAUUUUCAUAUAAGGUGCAAAUGAAUGGAAUAUCUACAGACUGGGAGUCAACUUUAUUCCAUCAUAUCACACCAUUCGAUUUCUCUACACCAUCACCAGAUGAUAUUGUAAAAACACGACAGAAGCAAGCUUAUCACCAUCGAGCGCCAAUUGCAGUUGAAGCAAAUAGCUGAUAAAAAUUUUAAUGGUUUCUAUUCAUGUUAUUUUCUGUUUGUUACUGGGAAAGUCUGUUUUAAGUUAAAUCACAUGCAUAAAACCCUGUCAUAUUUGUAAAUAGUUUACUUUUAUAUUUUUUUAUUUAACUACACCACCGUAAUUUUUUAACAAAUAAAAAAUUCUCAUGAUGUUAUUGCAUUUAGCACUGAGAGGUUAUCUGGGGGACCAAAUAUUUGAUUUAAUCGCUAUUGUAUGUUUGAAAUUAACCAACAAUAACACACACACAAUCAUACUCACUUUCUUUCUCUCUCUCUCUCUCUCUCUCUCUCUCUCUCUCUCUCUCUCUCUCUCUCUCUCUCUCUCUCUCCCUCUCUCUCCCUCUCUCCCCCUCUCUCAUGAAACUGAAUUAAACAGAAGUGUAUUUUGUUUUGAUGUAAAAAAGUUUGUUCAGAGAUAUGCACAGACAUAUAUUUUAUACUGUUCAAUAAUUUUAAAAUUUCCAUUUAAUUAUAUUUAUAAUUAUUUAUUGGCAUAUUUUUAUACUUUCAUCAUUUUCAUGGUCACACUAAUUUCAUCCAAAAUUGUUUAACCCUCCAAAGAAUUAUAACUUGUUAAAGAAUGGUAGCUUGGGGGAAUCAUUCAACUUAGUUACUUGUUCAUGAAUAAAGUCUUAAUUGUGAUACUUUUUUCUUCAGUUUACUUAUAUUUUUUUCGUCAUAUCACUUACUAUAAAAUAUGGUAGACAUCAAUGACUACACCUAGUCGAGUUCAAUUUAUAGCUCUACUUCAGAGAAUGGUGCUAGUCAUUUAAAAUCUUAGAAAUAACCCAGUGGUCUUGCACAAUAUUUAUACCAUAAUUCAGUUCAGUGGGAAAUUCAUUGCAUACUCUAUUGUCCAGUGUAAAAAAUCCUGUGACUAGCAGGACAUGUUCCAUCCAAUUUAUUGCUUAACUUGACUAAGUAUGUCCUGGGAUUUAGGAGGUUAUUGCUUCAGAGAUGAUCAAAAGGAAUACACUAGAUGUGUUGUUGUCCUUACUAUUUAAUAUUUAUAAAACAGUAAGUACUGGUGGCAUGUAAAAAGCACCUUUGCCACUAUGCAAAGUGGUUGGCAUUAGUAAGGGUAUCUAGCCAUUAAAACCAUGCCAAAGCAGACCUUACCAGUGCUGGUGUCAUGUAAAAAGCACUUGUUCCACUCUGUUAGGUGGUUGGCAUUGGGAAGGGCAUCCAGCCUUAAAAACCAUGCCAAAACAGACAGUGAAGCCUGGUGCCGUCUUCUGGCUUACCAGCUCCUGUCAAACUGUCCAACCCAUGCCAGCAUGGAAAACAGACAUUAAAUGAUGAUGAUGAAUAGCAACAGAAGCAGUAUUAAUACCAACAGGUAAUAUUUAUCUCCCAUUUAAUGUGGGUGUUUUAGAACACAAAAUGAUGUGUUAUUUACCAUGGAAGGACCUCUCAUAUGGACUUGGGUGUAUAAAGGCACUAAUGUUUAUAUCGCCAACAAACGAUAACCAUCGGCUACAGUUGCCACACCUGUCAAUGAUAUAAACACAAGUGAUUUUAUGCACCAUGAGUUCAUGUGAGAGAUCCUCUCAUGGUAAGCAACAUAGUAUUUUGUGUUCUAACACAAUACCUACAUUAAGUGGGAGAUAAACAUUACCUUUCAGUAUUUAUUGUUGAAGAUAAGAGGGUGAGAAGGCAAAAUGCUUAGCAGCAUUUCAUUCAUCUUUGCAUCCUAUGUUCAAAUUCUGCCAAAGUCAACUUUGCCUUUCAUCCUUUCGGGGUAAAUAAAGUAAGUACCAGUUAAUCACUGGAAUUGUUGUAAUCAACCAUUCUCCUCUCCAAAAUUGCUGGCCUUGUGCCAAAAUUUGAAACCAAUAUUUAUUGUUGAAGAUUAACAGUUCAGCUUAAAAUUUUAAGCCAGGAAAGAAAACAGAUAUUACAACUGUGAUGUCUCAUUCAUUUUAAUUAUUCAUCUGCCAUGCAACCAUAAGUUUCUGAUUCUUGCUUCUGACUUUAUCCGUGUACAUUCUAACAAUAAAUAGUUUGUUGUAUCAAAUACAAUCAAGUUCAUACCCCAUGUGUAUCUAAUCUUAUCAGAAAUCAUGUGCUAUUGACCUAAAGUUUGUUUCCUUUAGACUUUCUAACUUGGAAAGCAAGGCACUUCAACUUAAUCUGCUAUAACAUAUACCCAAGAAAUCAUCCCAACAUUGCAACAUUUGGUCAUAAAUAAGGCUCAGUCUUUGGAUAACAUCAAUAAUUCUUGAAAAUAAUCCACUCUGUUUUUGAAAUGCCUACAGAUUGUCUUUCACACUAGUUUCUGAAAGCUACACUUUUUACUUUGCUCUUUUGUUUGCCAGUUCAAAAUUUUACUAACUUAUCUUCAUCUAGUCUCAGUUCAUUCGAUAUGUUAGUGAUAUACAUUUUCACAUUUUAUAUGAGUGACUAUCAUCAUUGCUUUAACAUCUGUUUUUCUCUGCUGUCAUAAUGGAAUGGAGUUGCAGACAUGUUAUCGAUUGGUUAAGUGGACUUCCUUGCUUCUUUGAGAUCAACUGUCCAAUAAGGCUAUUGUUCACAAAAGUAUGCAAAAAAAAAAUUUCAGUUCUGAGUUAUCUCUACUUUGACACUUGAAGUCUUGUACUGUAAAUAACAAUUGUCAUCAUAUCCUAAGUUGCGCAUUUAAAUAAUGUCAUUGUUUGGGAGGCUGAAAAAAAGUUUAGCCUCAUUUUUAGAAAGAAUUUGCUGUUGAAAGACAACUUGUUUACAUCACAUACAUUUGUAUUUUUGUUCAGUGAAUUUUUUUCAUGUUCUUUUUUCUUUCUUAAUUCAGUUUUUGAGUGGCUUAGCGGUUAGGGUGUUGGACUCAUGACUGUAAGAUUGUAGUUUUGAUUCCAGGACCAGGCAAUGCAUUGUGUCUGUGAGCUAGUCCACUCGGCUAGCAAGAAUAAGUAAUAUGGUGAAGUUGCAACAGGCCUGGCAAGCCAGCAAUGGAUGGUGGAUCUGCCUAAAAACAAAUAGAAGGGAACUUCUGGACUGGCAGGACAUAGGCCUAUCCCGGUGUUGGGUAUUGCCUUUCACCAAAAAUUAAAUCAUGGUAGAUCCUACCUUAAAUAGUGAGUUAGAAUUCAGUGAUAUUAUUAAUUAUUUAAUUAGAGAAAGAGAGCUUGGACUUGGAAGAAGAUAAUCAGUAAUGUUUCAACUGUUCUGACUGGAAUUUAUGUGUGGAUUCAUUGAGCAGUGAUGACAAACUUGAUCCUGAGUAGGCGAGUACUGGAGUGAUGACAUAGUUAUUAUUGCUUUGAUGCUUUCAUGAGUAAUGUGGACCCUUCAAAAACCUUUAAACUUAGUAGCAAAACCUAUUGAGUGUUUUCUUCAACUUUUACCUGAAGAAAUGUUUGUCAGAAUGAACGAUGAAACCAUGAGAUAUAUGUAUCAACAAGGCAUGGUUACUUUCAUUGUAUGAAUGAAGAUGAUGAUAGCAUAUCUUGGAAUGCUUUUUCUGAUGGGAGAUGCGCAGCCUCCAGAGAUUAUUGGUUCAUAACAAGUUCAGCUCUGUAAACCAUGCCAGUGCCAUGUAGAAAGUACCCAACUCACUCUGUAAAGUGGUUGGCAUUAGGAAGGAUAUCCAGCCAUAGAAACCAAACUAAAUCAGACUGGAACCUGAUUUGGUUCCAGUCUGAUUUGGAACCAAAUCAGCUCUCCUGCUUGCCAGCUCUGGUCAAACCAUGCAACCCAUGCCAGCAUGGAAAAUGGACAUUAAGUGAUGAUGAAUCAAUAUCUUGUAAAUAUAUGUAAACACACUACUUGUAAUCAACUUCUCUGGGCAGGUGACAAUGAUAUGACAAUAGGUAAAAAUGAAGUUCACAAUGCACACCUACAAUUUAUUACAUCCUGUCGCUAAGUUUCAUCUAGAUUGAUGCAGUUGUUAUAUUUUUAUGAAUUUUAUACUGGAAUAACUGCAUUAUCAUCAAAAUUUCUAGUUUUUAAAGCAAGAUUAGCAAAUUUACAUAAUGAAAGCCCUCCAGGAAUUUAAGAGUUAAGAGCCACUGUUAUCAAAGUUGAUCUCAUCAUAUUUGAAUUCCUCCACCCUGAUUUCCUCCUUUGUCAAUUUCACAACAGUGUUUUUAAUGGAAUAUAUUCAACACACUCGUAUACUUUAAUCAAAAUUUUUGAUGUUCAACCAUCUUAUUUGUUUUCAGCUUUUUUUUUGUUGUUUAUUUUUAUUUUUUUGUAUUCAAAACUGUCUGUUGAAUAAACCAUACUGGACUCAUUUCUCUCCAGUAGUUACAGAUAUUCUA